UUAGAAGCUGACUCAGCGCGAAUCUCAAACUCGCAGUCGAUUGCUAACAAUUUGGUUAGAAGUUAAAUUCUUGAAUAUAUUUUUAUGGUCUGGAAUGGAUGAUUAUGAGCAUCACAAUAAUGCCCGAGAAGGUCGAUUUGAGUUGGUGAAUGAUGCAUUGAAAGAUACAACGCUAGUUAAAAGUAAAGAUGAGAGUGGAAGGACACUGCUGCACUGGGCCUGCGUUGGAGGCCAUCUUGGCAUUGUAGAGCUGCUUCUGGAGCAAGGCGCUGAUCCUGAUCUAGCAGAUGAGACAGGCUGGACUCCUGUGAUGUGUGCUGCAAGUGCUGGACGACUAGAAGCGGUCCGUGCGCUGGUGGGACAAGGUGUUGAUGUCAACGCCACCAAUGAGGGUGGUCACUCUGCACUGCAGUAUGCAGCAUCAAAAAACCAUAUUGAGGUGGUGCAGUUCCUGCUGCUGGGGGGCGCCGACGUGAACGCGCGCGACCGUCGGGGGGCGACGGCGCUGCACCGCGCCGCUGCUCAGGGCCACGCGCGCGUCGUGGACGAACUGCUGCGCCACAACCCCAUCAACCCCAACCUGCAGGACGCCCAGGGCAACACCCCCCUCCACCUGGCUUGUGAAGAAGAGCGCACCGAAGUUGCAAAGCUGCUGCUGGAGCACGGCGCCGACGACAGCAUCGUCAACAAGGAAGGCCUUACGCCCCGAGCAGUGAUACCUGAACCUCUGCCACGUAACCAUAUUCCUGGUCAUGGCAGCUUCUACCCUUCAUAACCACGUCCCUGGUCAUGGUAGCUUCUACCCUUCGUAACCACGUCCCUGGUCAUGGUAGCUUCUACCGAUGGUAUGCGACUCUCAACGGCUUAAGAGAUGAGCUACCACUAGCUGUAGGUGGUGGUAGUUUCCAUGAACAGUUCAGAUAGUAUAUAUGAAAUGAUAUUCGAGUUAGUGACGUCGGAAGCCAGCUUUCAGUGAGACAUCGUCACGGUCGUAAGUCCCUUAAACAGUCGUAGAUGCUGCUUCCAAUUGUGAUGCAUUCCUAAAUAAAUUAAAGUAAUUUUCAUCAGUGUUUUAACUACAUAUAUACUGUUUGAGACCACGUUAGCUCGUAGCUCAUUACCAACGUUGAUCGUGACAGAUAUCAGGUUAACCUGACUCGUGCUAUCAAUUUCUUGCCCCCCAUCAAAGUUGUUGGCAUCUAAUCGUACAUCCACUCAUGCUCACGCUAUAUGGCCAUUUGAAUCAUUUUUUUUUUUGUCUUGAUAUAUCGUGCAGAAACAAUGAGGUAACAAAUUACUACUGUCACCAUGAAUUUUCUUUUUACUAUUGAGGCUCAGCCGAGAUGAUGAAAGUUGCUAACUGAACUGAAUCGAAAAAUCCACACUAAUGAGGAGCGUUCAAGUCGAGCUUAUAUUCAACCGCGCUUUCUUGUGAAAUUACUUCCAUUU